UCUAACCCAGAGCAAACUGUACUCAGCGUAUGCUCUCCGAACUGUUGUUAUGGAGAAAUUUCCAGUGAGAGGAGAGGACCCGGCAGUCUAUUCGACGUCUGCAGUAACAGUAAUGGUGCGCUGUCGGGGGCUCUGAAGUCUGUGCGCGCCCGUCGGGUUUUUGUUGGAGUCUUUGAGCCGUGCGCUUCAGCUUGGAUACAAGACACAGGAUCUGCUGCUGUUGCUUCGUUACCUGAAGUUUUACACUUUGCUGCUUCUUGCAUGCACUAUUUUUUUCCUUUUCUUCUUGUUCUGAAGCGCAUCUGUGGCUGUUCCACUUUGUGUUUUUGUACUGGGAGAGCGCGCGUGUCAGCCAGAUAUGUUUUCUCCAAGAAGUUUAGCAGCCCUGCAGUCGCUCUCCUAAACUCAAAUAUUUCCAUUUAUUGUUAUUAUUAUUGUUGUUGCUGUUGUUGUUAUAUUUUACUUGAACACUUCAGAAGCUUUAAACUGACAAAGGGGGAAAUGGCCAAAGUGGGGAAACCGCGGCUUUGUGUCAUGACAAAAGGGGAGAACGGGUAUGGAUUUCACUUGCAUGGCGAGAAAGGAAAGAGCGGCCAGUUCAUCCGCAAAGUGGAGGCUGGCUCCCCCGCAGAAGCGUCAGGGCUGCGUGCCGGUGACAGGCUGGUCGCAGUGAACGGAGUAAACGUGGAGAAGGAGACGCACCAUCAGGUGGUACAGAGGAUUAAGGCCAUGGAAAACAAGACCAGGUUGCUGGUGGUUGACUCUGAGACCUAUGAAAGCCUACGCAGCCUGCGCCUCACAGCAACAGAGGAUAUGGCCAUCCUUAGAAUUGGAAAUCCUUCCUCCUCUUCCUCUCCACCUGUGUCUCCUUCUCCAGCACCAUCGUCAACACCAUCUUCCCCCUCCAAGAAGCGGGAGAACGGCUCUCUGUCUAAGCAGCCCGUCACAGUGAGCGACCAGGUGCAGAAGCCGACUAGGAGGUCACCAUCUAAGGCUGCAAAGAAGGAGGCCCAGGCUGAAGCUCAAACCCAGCCCGAGUCCCAGUCGAGGCCCCAGGUCAACCCAUCCGAGCUCGCUCCACGUCUCUGCCACCUGGUGCGGUCAGAGAUGGGCUACGGCUUCAACCUUCACAGUGAUCGGUCGCGGCCCGGACAGUACAUCCGCUCCCUGGACCCCGGGUCACCUGCAGACCGUGCCGGGCUCCAGCCUCAAGACAGACUCAUAGAGGUUAAUGGCGUUAACAUCGAGGGCAUGCGGCAUGCAGAGGUGGUGGCCUUCAUCAAGAAAGGGGGAGAUGAAACCUGGCUGUUGGUGGUGGAUCCAGAAACAGACGAGCACUUCAAGAGGAGGGGAUUGAUCCCCACAGUCAGCCAUGUAAAAGACUAUGACGGUCCAUCCAUAUCCAAUGGCUCCCCCAGUCCUCAGAUCAAUGGCAGCUCUACCACUCAGUCCAUCCGGUCCACGCAUUCUGACCUCAGCAGCCAGGGCAACAGCACGCAGGUGGAUCUGGCAGAUGAUGAAGGUGGCCAGCUGUCUGACCCCUUUGCCGAGAUGGGCCUGAGUCUCAGUGCUACGGCGGCAGAAGAAAAGAGGAAGGUCCGUGGUAAAGAAAAGAGGAAGGCCCCGCAGAUGGACUGGACGAAGAAGCAUGAGCUCUUCAGCAAUUUCUGAGACAUUCUGCUCUAAGGACACGACAAAGGACAGAGAUUUAUGCAGAUCCCUGAAUGGGAGACUUAUCCUCUUGAUAUACAGAUUCUCUUCUUCUUAGACAAAAAACCAAGAUAACCCUUCAAACAGAAGAUAUUUUCAUCCUGGGAUUUAAUGUGACAGAACUGUUCGAAGGAUUUUACUUCUUAAGUGACUUAAUAGUUCCUUUUCGUUCAAGUCCAGCAUAAAGGAAGUGCUAUAUGACUUUGUGACUGCAAAAAAUAUGCUCAGAAGGGAACUUUGUCCUUACAUGUACUGCUGUCCUUGGGGAAAGUGCAGUCAAAUAUUCACAAAUUUGCCUUUGUCUUUACUUGAUUAUCCCAUUCUCCCUACUCCUAGAGACUCUUUUUGACAGCUAUUUUUAUAUUUAAAAAGUAUAAGCGACUAUGAUUAAACAGUAUCCCAUCAUCGUGGACUGCGUUUGAGAGACUUUUGAGGACACUGUGACAUGAAUGAUUGUGGAUAAUGUGGGGAUUUUGUCCCACAGAAGUCAUAAGAAGCCCAAAGUUUGACAGAAGAUCACUGUGAAAGAGUUGAGACCCUCCACCUUCAGCCCAUUGAUCCCAUGUUUGAUUGUAACCACUGAUAAAGAAAAUGAUAGUUGAGCAUAGUGUAUCCUACGUGUAUUCGUACCUUUACUUUGAGUCGAUUACUUUGAUUUACGAAUCCCCUACUUGUUAUUUAACCAUUAGUCGUAAUAAGUGUAUCACCACUAACCUCUAUUUACAAAGUGCUCCAGUGCACACAUGCAUAACAAAGGGAGGCACCACUAUUAUUAAUUGUGUUAUUGAAGGAAAUAAUAGGCAUGAAAAGUGAGGGAGUUUCUCAGGGGAAAUAGUGUGAGGGAUGAGUUUUGUUGUUGUUAUUGAAGGCUCGAUGUGUACAGCAGGGGGCAAACUUACACCAUGAAUAGAGACCCCCUUUUGACACUAAACGGAAUAGAUGUUUAUCCAGACUUCAUUCAUCAUCUUAAAAUGUCCCAGAAACAUUAAAUAAUUCAGAUGAAGUGGAGAAAAUAAACUUUAGAUAAUUUGAAGAUGUAUUUGUAUUAGACAGCAUUAUUCAGAUUUAAUGUGAAGUGGCCUACACUUUAUGAGCUAGUUAUGUUUUGUUGGACUUUGAUUCAAAGGUAAGUUGUUAAAUAUGAAGGUAUGAAGCUCAGCAUCAUUUUAUAAGUAGCUUUGGAAGGGAAAUGUAAUUGCUGGCCACGUGCUAAUAAUCAGUCAGUAUUAACUAUAGUAUUGUCUUGUAAAUGUGAAGUUUAUCAAGUUGAUUUGUGCUCAAGGAAGGUCAAUAUUUUGUGACAGUGCUGAGAGAAACCCCUGAGCCACCUUUCAUUUUUUUCUACAUUUUGCUAGGAAAAUAGGAAAUGUACACAGU